AUGUAUGCCCGUGGAAUUCUCUUUGGAAAAAUGAAAUAUGAGCUGGGAGACCACAGCUAUGUCAAAUGCCCAGAGAACCAUUUUGUUGCGGACCUGGAAUUCAAAACCAGGGGUUACUUCUCCGGGACAUAUAAUGCCAUUGGAGGUACGAUCAAAAAUGACGAAACCGGCGAGGUGUACUAUGAACUAUCAGGUCUCUGGAACGGAGAAAUGUUCAUAAAGGAUGUCACGACUGGACAAAAGGAACUACUCUUUAACGCUACACAUGCAAAGCACACUCCCCCUCUAACUCGACCCCUUGAAGAACAAUCAAGCCGCGAGUCCCAAAAGCUUUGGCGCAGCACCGUUCAAGCGUUGCUAGAGAGGAACCAGGACCUUGCAACCGAAGAGAAGACUAAGAUUGAAGACCGUCAGCGAGAAGAAGCUGCUGCUCGGGCUAAUGAAGACAUCGAAUGGAGACCCAAGCUUUUCCGUGCCGUUCAAGGAGGUCCCGGAGGGUCUGAAGAAGGAAGAGAGAACCUUGACUGGAUUAUAAAUGCCCACAUUGAUCCUCAUAACCCUUCUAAGGCUGUAGAGCAAAUCCUCGCAUUCACUGCGAUUCUCCCUGGCCAAAAAGUAAACCACGAACUUGAUAUUCCCCCACAAGCGCCAAAAUCAGUAAAACCCAGCCAGGUUCAGGAAUCACUUCUUGACCUUGACAGUAAUGAUGCUUCGCCAGGGAAUGCACAGCACAAUCCCCAGCCUUCCGAGGAUCUACUCGGGAAUCCUGUUAAGAACCAUAAUGGAAGUAAUAACCCUGCCGGUGUAGGCGCUGGCUCUGGCAUGAUGGCUCCUCUCCAGCCGAGUAUGUCAACCAACAAUACGGCGCAGCAGAAGCCCACUCCGAACCCCGGUAUGGGUGGACUUUUUGAUGCCAAACCUUGA